AUGUCCGAAGAUGUGCCUGAAGAGCUUUCGUCGGCCGUCUCAAGCCAGUCCUCCAUCAUAAAGCCUAGCAUUCUGCCCUCAGACACACGGUUUUUCACUUUCAAGAUAUUUGGCGGAGCUGGUCAUAAUCCUGCGCCCAUCAAACUCGAGGAUGUGAUUGUGGCUGGGUCGAACUUGGAGCUUCUAGCAAACGCAAACACGUGGGGGUUGCUACAGUUUAGAUUACGGCGGCAAUCACUCAAGAGAUUGCAUCAACUCUAUGGUUUAUUACUUGAUCUAUGGAGCUGGGUCCAAUGGACGCUGCUAAUCUUGGAUGUGUACUUUUGGUGGCUUGUCUACUCUCUAGGAAUUUUCACCUCGUCUGUGGAUAAACAGUUGGAGCCUGGAACUGCGUUUCCUCAGAUGUCCAACGAACCUCCAUCUAGAGUUAGGAGAAUAUUGCAGUUACGUACCACAAUUGGCAACCACGCACUAGCGCACUCGCUGGCAACAAGCAUACCAAAGAGCCAACUGAGGGUCAGACAAGCACUGGCAGGGAAACGGGUCCCCAAACAUUUGAUGGUCAUCUACGAAUUGAAUCCGUUGGUUGUCCCCCCUCCCAGAGAAUUGCCCACUCCUUACUUGACGGCCGAAAAAAAGAUUGUGGUCCCCGAUAAAAAAGUGAUUUCCCAGGUGCUAUCGGAGAGAGCCGAGUGGGCAGCGGCUCAUCAUACGCACAAGGCCUCAGAGGUUAUGAGAGUAUGUGCGGAAUCUGCGAGGCUGGCCUCAUGGGCGCUAUUCUCAGGAGUGAAGUACCUCACGCUCUACGAAAGAAGUGGCAACCCGUGGAAAAAUUUGGAGAGACUGGGGUCAAUGAUUCAGGCAGAGAUAUCAGCAUUGAGUGACACCGAUUCUUUGAAGAAGACCUGGAUUAAGCUGGUAAGAGUAAACAACGCCGAAACCAUUACAAUAGAGAACAACGAGAUACACCAUGAAUCGCCGGACAGAUCAUCAGGCGAGGAGAGUGGGCUUGCAAAAAUACAGCCGGCACCGGCCAGCUCGCAGCUGGAAUCGGCCCAAAUCUCAGAGACUUAUAGUGCUGGGGACGGACUGACGAUUAUGUUGGUGAGUGAGGAAGAUGGUGGGCAGAGAAUGGCAAAGAUGGUCAGAAAGUUUGUGCAAUUCAAUGGCAACGUGUCUGACGUAGAGUCGUAUGUAGAUAAGGAGCUGGCUGUGCUGGAUUCGCCGGAACUGAUCAUAAAGUUUGCCAGAAGACGCGGAAUGCCACAGUCUCUAAGUGGGGCGCCAAUCUACAACUUUGAGAACCGUCCGUUGUUUGCAGUCUCACGGGACCACACCAACUUCCCUUUCUUCAUAAAAGCUGUCGACUUAUACUCGCAAGCCACAGCUAAAAAGGAAUAA